GCGGCCGUCGCGCGCUGGACAUGGCGAGAGCCCUCUCGUAACCACAACACGAACUAGUAGCCAUGGCUGACGAUAUUCCAGAUACGGGCGCGGUGUUCACAUUCGGCAAGUCGCGGUUCGCGGACAACGAGCCGAGUCACUUCUUCAUCAAAAACGACCCUGUAGUUGCCAUCUCAUGCGGCGACGAGCACAGCGCUGUCAUCUGUCAAAAUGGUCGCGUGUUCGUGUUCGGGGGGAACGCGUGGGGACAGCUGGGACUGGGCCACCGCGAGGAGGCGACGCGACCAAGUUGCGUCAAGUGGCUCAAGCCCCAGCGCGCCAUGUUCGUCGCCUGCGGACGCGCUCACACCGUCUUCGUUACAGAUACAAAUGCGAUCUACACUGUGGGCUGCAAUGAGGAGGGUCAGCUGGGAGCAGGCGAUACGGAGCCGCGCAGUGUGCCGCAUCUAGUCGAGCUAGAGGCUGCACCCGCGCCCGUACGCCAGGUCUCCGCCGGCAGCAGCCACACCGCCAUACUCACAGAGGAUGGGCGAGUGUUUGUGUGCGGGUCGAACUCUGAGGGUCAGCUGGGAGUGGGCGAGGGCACGCGCAGCUGCAGCCGUCUCACCGAGCUCAAGUUCAUGGAGCGCAUCGCCUUCGUCGAGUGUGGAUAUUACCACACCGUCUUUAUUACUGAAAAAGGUGCAGUUUUCGUAACAGGCGAUAAUGAGAAUCAAAAGCUCGGUAUCCCCAACACAGCCACGACAAUAUACUCCCCGGAGGUGCUUCCACUAAAUGUGCCGAUCAAAAGCGCGUGUUGCGGCGCUAACCAUACCUUCCUGUUGUCUAUGGACGAGAGUCAGAUCCUAGCAUUUGGUUCCAACGAGAAGGGCCAGCUGGGGAUGCCGAAGGAGGUAGAAAAUGUUACCACUCCCACUGAGAUAGACAUGGAGAAAAUGUUCGAUGGUUAUCAGCUGAAGCUAGUGGCUUGCGGUGCGAUGCAUACCGCUUUUGUUACGGAUAACGGUCUACUUUACACGUGCGGCGAGUCGCGACACAACAAAUUGUGUUUGGAGGUGGAGGAGGACGCCAAUAACUCGAACGAGGCAGUACACAAUCAAUACACGCCCAAGCGGGUCACCGCCAUGGACGGCUACAUCGUCGACAACGUGUCGUGCGGCGGCUGCCACACGCUGCUCACCGCCACCAAGACUUCACACGACGAUUUAAACAACGAAUUAACUACAUCGCAAGAGCAAACGCAAAAAAUAUCUUUAACCGAACUACCACCGCUACAAAAAAUACCAGGGCAAAAAAUCGGCGAAAUGUUUAGUGCCGACGUUCUGAAUGCCAACAACAAUGAAAACCACACGGACACUGUGAAUGCAAACAAUCACGAAGAAAUCGGAUCGAUAGAUUCAUUAGAAGCGAAUGUGAGCGGCUCACACAUCGUCAACAUAAACGACCUUGAUGAAACUGGUAGUACACACGAUAUACCGGACAUAAACAAAGAUUACAAACAUUUAAGUCCAUUAAAAGCUGUAAUAAAAGGCACGACUUCGCCAGCGCUUGCAGAAAUCGAAGCAAAGGACAUUUUACAAAGCCCGGAUAAACUCAUUGAUAAAUCUGAAGAAGAAAUAGAAAAUGUCAUCAAAAAUUUUGAAAAAGACACAGUAAUUAAAAUGGAAGUUGUGGAAGACAUUAUACAUAAGACGGAAGUAAAAUUAGAUCCAUUGCAUAUCGAUGAAAAGACAACGCUUGAAAUACCGGACAAAACAGCAGAAAUAACAAACUCUCCGCCUCCAAAGUCGCCGUUCAUUCAAGAUUUGCUUCAUAUACCAGACAUAUCGCAAAUAAGCCCUAAUUUAAGCGCACACAGUGAUGAUGGUCAGAAGAGUGAUACUGGACAGUCGGAAAACGAGACGAUUUUAUGUGCUUCCGACAAAUCCAGCCCUCAAGCUGGUAAAACUAAAACUCAAGCGGUAAUGCCGAUUGUAAGAAGUGAGGAUAAUAUUGAUUCAAAUGAAGACGCUCAUAAUGAAGACGUAGUGGUCGAAAAUAAAGUUGAGGAGAAAGGUCGAUUUGCGCGUAUCUUCCAAUCAAUCAGGGAGAAAGAGAAUUCUUGUAUGGGUAAAGGAAAAGUUAUCGAAGAAAAAGUUAUAGAAAACGUGCACAAAGGAAUGGACAAUGCGGAGGAGGCCGUCCACAAAGUAGAGGAAAGAGUCGAAACAGAAAUAAGGAAUCAGACAAACUCAAGAACUUGCAACAUUUUAUAAUUUAUUCGUAAAAGCUGAUUGGUUAGUUCUUUAUAAAUGUUUAAAA